GUUCAGUUGUGCCCUUCGUCCAUUUGAUCAGCGGGAAUUACACAUUGAAAAAUUUACUUUUUUUCUAUUCGCCCUGGAAACCGUAUCAUCUAAGGUUUAGCGGCAAUCAAAUCUUCAAAAUUUUUCAAUCAUCUAAGUUUUCCCUCUUUCACUCUCAAACCGCAUAACCUAUCCACUCUCAAACUGCAUCCUAAUUUCCAGUUAUCGUUUUUGGUUCAAUCGACAAAAGUGUUCAAUAGCCGUGAUCAUCUGUGAUUCAAUAGCCAGAAGUUGUUUGGGUUCAAUCGCAGGUCAAGAGUGGUUUGGUCGUCUGUGGUUCGAUAGCCAGGUCUAAUGGCAAACAAAAGCAAACAAAAUCAAGGUGUACAAAUACAAAGCAAUGAGUAUUUGAAAGCUAGGCAAUUGAGGAUUCAAGAAAACGAAAAAAUAAUGCAAGAUUUGGGAUUGAAGAAAAUUGCAAGUUCUUUGACAAGCUUGUCAGGAAGUCAAAAAAUGAAGAACAAGAAAGUGAAACCAACAUACCAUAACGUGAGAGAUCCAAACUAUAUUCCUGGUAAUAGUGAUGAUAGUGAGGAAGAAUACCAAGAAGUUGGUACUAAUGUUGAAGUACCGAAAAAGAAACAUUGUCCACAAUAUAUUGCACCAAUGUCCUUGAACAAAAUUGCUAAAUUAGCAAGGCAACAUCGAGUGAUCGCUCCAAAAGUCUCAGAUUUAAACAGAAUUAAAAAAAAAAUUCUAAAGCAACACUUAGCAUGGGUGAGUUAAUUUCAAGUAAAAAAGGGACAAGGCAAAGGGAGGUAUCCAAACAAAAUUUGGAAAAGCCUUCUUGUAUCAAACGUGGGUCAAAGAAACAUUUGGUUCUGGUUGACGAGGAUGAUGACGAGGAUAAUGACAUAUCUCAAGUCGACAUGGAACCAGCUGCAGGUUGGGAGGAUGAUGGAAAUGAGGGGUAUAGUCUGAGAUCUCAAGGUUAUGCUGACCAAGAUGAUGCAUAUGAUGACAUGGACGCAAAUAAUCAUAAUGAGAUACAAGGGGCUGAUAGCCAUGACGAUUCAGAAGGCGAGGACGAUGCACUGGUUCAAGAUCAAUUACAAUCUCCCGAAUUGGAAAAAGCAAUAGAAAUAUCCAAAACCAAUAAAAGAGGACCAACAAUGUUGCAUCUUGUGCACACACGGAAAGUCGACGAGCGAGAGGUCAUUAUAUGUAAUAAGUUUGGACAACCCGUGGGACCAAGAACAAAGGAGAAGGAUGUAGUCGGAAAAUUCUCUAGAUUUUUUGGUACAAUAGCUCGUAAUCAAAGUUAUGCCCCGAUGACCUAUAGUUCAUGGCAUAAGGUGCCACAUAAAGAUAAAAUGUGGGAGUAUGUCUUGGAAAAAUAUGAUGUGCCCUAUGCUGCUAAAACUUGGGUUCUAAAGGCUACUGGAAACGCCUAUAAGGUACACAAAUGUAGGUUCAAGAAAAAACACUUCUAUGCAUAUAAAGACAACAAAACAAGAUUGAUGAAUCGACCUAAAAACAUCCCGGUUGAUGAUUUCUCUCCGUUGUUGAGGUUGUGGAGUAAUAAAGAUGUGGAGAAGCGUCGUUUGCGAGCUAAGGAAAUUCGCAUGUCUCAAAAGAAUAUGCACACAGCCGGCCCAAUAAGUUUCGCUAUAAUUCGUGAAGAAAUGAGAAACGAUGAUCCAAACAAGGAACUACCCAGUUUAACCAAAGUGUUUGAACGUACACGAAAAAGGACCGAAGGGCGUGCAUAUCUUGAUACAUACGAUGACACUGCAAUGAAAAUUGAACAAAUGAAGAAUUACAAACCUCCAGAAGAUGGAAGUGUUUUAGUUGAUCCUUUUACGGCUGUAAUGAACAAAGAGUAUGAUGGCUACCUACGUCUUUAUGGUAGAGGUGUUACUAAAAAGAUGAUGGAAAAGAUGGAUGGUAAAGAGGAACCAUACAUGAUUCCGGAUGGUCUUAUGGAAUCAUUCAAAGCGGACAUUGAAGGUGAAAAAACACAGUUGCUUGAAAUGCGAAAAGAAAUUGAAGAGGAGCAUCAAAGGAAAAAAGCUGAGCUAAAAGCUAUGCAUAAAGAUUUUGACAACAAACAAGCAAACUUUGAAGCUACGAUGCGAAGUAUUAUGGAAAAGCUACCUAUUGAAGUACUUCAAGAUCUUAGAGAUGAGUAGGAGGUUUUGUUACUUUUUAUCAUUUUAAUUAAGUUUGUUUUUGUGACAUUAUUAUUUUGAGUUUGGACUUAUGUUAGAUUACAAUACAAGAUUAUCUAUUAUAUCUAUGUUAUUAUCAUGCUUGUGUAA